AUGUCCUACAAGCCCCACCACGCUACCGUGCCCACCAACCCGAAGGUUUACUUCGACAUCAGCAUUGGCGGUCAGUCCGCCGGUCGCAUCACCUUCGAGCUGUUUGCUGACGCCGUCCCCAAGACGGCUGAGAACUUCCGCGCACUCUGCACGGGCGAGAAGAACUUUGGCUACGCCGGCAGCGGCUUCCACCGUGUUAUCCCCGAGUUCAUGUGCCAGGGUGGUGACUUCACCAACCACAACGGCACUGGCGGCAAGUCGAUCUACGGUGAGAAGUUUGCUGAUGAAUCGUUUGCUGGCAAGGCUGGGAAGCACUUUGGCCUCGGAACGCUGUCUAUGGCGAACGCUGGCCCAAACACGAAUGGCUCUCAGUUCUUCAUCUGCACUGCGCCCACGGACUGGCUGAACGGCAAGCACGUCGUCUUCGGUCAGGUGCUGGAGGGCAUUGACGUCAUCAAGGCCAUGGAGGCUGUUGGCUCUUCGACGGGCAAGACCAGCAAGACGGUGAAGAUUGAGGCCUCCGGCCAGCUCUAA